AUGUCUAUGAUGCAAUAGCCAUUUUCUUUCUCAAAUGUAUAUUACAGUUUUGACGGCAAUGAUUAGAGAAUCAAGAUAAAUUAGCUCCAAAUAAUCUAACAUAAAUUUAUAAAGUGUCUAAACAAUCUCAUUAGACAUUAAAAUAAUAAGAAGAAAGGAAAUAUAAUUGUUUUGCCAAGUCAAAAUAAUCAAUUAUAUGUAUUAUUCAUUCUAAAAUUCAAGAUUAUUUUUUAGGAUGACAAAAUCUUGAGAUAGCUUAAAGUUUAGGAGUCAAAUGAUAGUACUUUCAUGUCUUUUCCAAGAAAUUAAUUUCCUCUCAUAUCAUAUUAACCUUAUCCUUAGUUUUAUGCUAAUUAUCCACAAGAAUAAUUUGCAGCGAUGCAAUACUAAAUAACUAAUCCAAUCUUAUAAUCUUAAGAUAGAUUUUUAGUCUAACCUAAACAAGUGUAAUCGAGUCAGCAUUUUCGAAUGUCUGAUUUUUAGUUAUUUGGUUCACAUGAUGAUUCUGAAUCUAUUGAACCUCAAUAAGUUGAAUAAGAGAGUAAAGAACACAAAAAUUCAUAUUUUAAGUUAAAGAAUAGAAUUAAAAAAGGAAAGGUAAAUGAUACGAAAAAUAUUACAAAAAAUUUUUCUAAAGCAAUAAUUACCUAUAUUAUAUAAAAUAAAGAUAUUGGACUAAAAAUAAUGAAUUACGAGCAAUUUGAAGAAUUUGUAAGCAUUUUAAAAGACAAGAAAAAUCAGAUGACUAACAUCAAACAACUCAGAGAUCUUUGGGUUGAAACUAAUGAAGAGAAAAGUCAAUAAUUUAAUAAAGCAUUUAGAAUCUUUAGUGAAUACUUCUUAAAACAAUAAUCAGUAUCUUACAUUUACAAUUCAAGAAUAGCAAAUACUGGAUGGCACUUAAAAUACAGGUAUAACUUACUUCGAGCACUUAAAGAACCAGCAAAUUUUAAGUACAUCAAAGAUAUUUGA